AUGUAUAUCAAUAUCUGGGCACUAGGACCACGUACAGAGCAGUUCACUUAUUUUGCUCCCGGAACACAGUCUGCGACAUGGGAUAUCUCUAAGAAUGGAACUUACAUUCGGGGCCAGAAACCGGCAUCUACGGGGGAAAUAGUCAAUUUGAGAAACUGCACAGUAAAAUUUGAAGCCAUGAUUGACUACGGCGGGACUGGAUGGCGAAUGGGCACGGAAAUCAAUGCUACCCAGGCUACCGGCCCAAUCUACCAGACUCAUUAUUGGAGAGGCUAUUCAACAGCUUUGCUGACAGAAUACGCACUCGGAGUCCGUCCUGUCACUGUAGGAUACCGAGAGUUCCUUUUUGCCCCCUUACCAGGUUUCAAGGUCGAGAGGGUUCAAGGACGGGUACCUACUCCUCAUGACCUUAUAUACGCUAAUUGGGGCUAUGGGUCCAAUAGCAAGAUCAUCAUGGAUAUCGAUAUACCAAAGGGGACAAAGGCUACUGUCGUCCCUCCAUUUUCUGGGCCAUGGACUCGUCAAGGGUAA